CCUCUGGUUCUUCCCCUGGAAUCACGUUCUCAGCUUGCCGUACAGCAUGAGGGGUUGGACCUCCUGAACAGCAUCUCUGGUCCAGUCAGCCCCGUUGUGGUCAUUGGGCCGUACAGAUCCGGAAAGUCCUUCACGCUCAACCAGCUGCUGGGAGUGCCGUGCAACCAGGGUUUCGGAGUCGGCCAUACGCGGUCAACGGAAACUAAGGGAAUUUGGCUGUGGGGCAAACCCGUAUCGCGUGGUGGAGGAGCAGGAGGGGGGCCCGGGGAUGGGCUGCUUUACGUGGAUACGGAGGGUUUUGAGAGUACGGGAAAGGCCAAUUCGUAUGACGAUCGGAUCUUUGCGCUAUCGGCGAUGAUGGCAUCCCUGCUAAUUUACAACCUGCCGGAGACUAUUCGCGAAUCCGACGUGGCGAAGCUUUCGUUUGCUGUUGAGCUGGCGAGGGGGUUCUACGACAAGAGCGACCCGGAGCAGCAGCAACAGGUCGGUAGCGACGGCGGUGUGGAACCGGGAUCCAUGUUGUGGCUCAUACAGCGGGAUUUCCUGACCGGUCAAACUGCGGAUCAGUUGGUCAAAGCCGUACUGGCACCCGUACCAAACCCGCAGCACGACGCGGGGCUGGAGGCACUCAAUCAGGUCCGUUCCUCGCUAUCAGCUCUGGCUCGCAACAGUACGGGCUUCUCAUUGCGACAGCCCCACAUAGAUAGGGCCCGUUUGUGCGAGAUUCCGGACGAGGAACUGGAUCCGACGUACGUACGGCAACGGGAGGAGCUGAAGCAGCUCGUCCAGUCCCUAGCCCGGCCGCGAGCUCUUCGCGGAAUGCCCCUCAACGGCCCACAGCUGGCAUCUCUGGUCAGCAGAAUGGUGGAGGCGCUGAAUCAGCAGGAAAUCCCCACCGCCACCUCCCUCCUCGCCGCCUUCAACCGGGAGGUGCUCUCCCGCUGUGUGGCCAACUACUCGGGGGCGCUGGCGGCCCUGACACUGCCGCUGGGGGAGGACGACGUGGAGGCGGUGGAGAUGGGGGCCAGGGGGGCGGCGCUGGAGGUAUGUAUCAACCGCCACAACGCCGUUCCAAAACAAAACACACUUACUCCCCGGGCCCUGGGCCGUUCGAUUCCCCUUUUUCAGAUUCGUCGUACAGAGAACCUGGCUGCCUCCAACGCCAUUUGCUCCGAGUUGGAGAACCGAUGUGAAGAGGAGCUGGACCACAUGCAGAACAUGCGGCUGCCCUCCCUGCGCAAGUUCGAAUCCUCCUACCGGCAUUGCGAAAUGACAUUUUCCGAGCGCUGUCUGGGACCCGCCAAGGCGCCGAACGCGGAGCGUCUGGAGAAGGCUUGGGUGAGGGCUCGGAAGGCGUUUGGAAAGGACUACAACGACAGGCUGUUCACGGGGCUGUUGGUCAUCUCGCUGGCAGCAGCUGUGGUGUUUCGCUUCCUGAUAAAAAUGCAGAUUUUGGAGCUGGCAGCCUGGGCUGGCUUUCUGUUCCUGGAAAUCUACCCCAAACUACAUCCCGUGACGAGCAUGUACGACACGCGUGGCUGGGCCUUGACUGUACGACUCUGGGAGUUCUUCAUGGCCGUGUUAUUUGGGUUUAACGGCUCCGGGGUGUUGUGGUUGGUGGUGGUUGUAGCAGUGGUGCUGAUGCGGGUGUGCUACAGCCGACGUCGGCGUCGAGGUGGCGGAGGAGGGGGAGGGAGAGGAGGGGAGGGGGCGGGUGGGGGUGCAGGGAGUUUCAUAGGUGGUGGUGGUGGUGGCGGAGGUAUCUUAAGCGGGGGAAGCAGCACACGACGAAAACAGACAAGCACGCGGGAUCUGGACGUGUAG